AUGGGAGGCUCGACCUCCGCCAAAAAGUCCCCGCGUGCUUUUGCGGAACAGAAGGCGGAAAAAUCUCCACGCAAGCGGAAAAGCUCCGCGGGAAAGGCUGACGGCGCGAAUGCGGAGGCGGGCGGAAGCACAGCAGCUGUUGGCGGAGCGGAUGGCUCCGCGAAGCGGCGGAAAGUUGCGCGGACAGCAGAGGCGACAGGGAAAGGCGCGGCGGAGAGGUCCGCUGGGGUGGCUUCCGACAGCAAGCAGCGGAAGGACGAGAAUGGCGGCGUUGGUUCGGGGGAAGGGGACGAUUCGGGUUAUAUUCUUAAGGGGAUCUCUCUAGACGAGGACGUAGACGUGCUGGUCGCGGAGCGGGAACGAGCGUCGACGAAACGUCCCGCAAAGACCGCCAAGAAAGGGAAUAAGGAGUCUAAUAAUGAUCUCAAGAAGAAGAAGGGAAAUGCUAAAAAUGGGCGUGCGGCACGUUCAGAUGCAAAACCGGCGGGGAAAGGUAGGGGAGCGAGGGUGGCGGAAGAGGCGAGGCGGGCGAGAGAAGCGGGGAUGACGGAGGCGCAGCGGCAGGAGGAAAGGGAGAAGGAAGCGUUGAAGGCGCAAGGGUACAAGGAGGAAGAUUUCAAGGUGCGCGUGGGGGAAUUUAUGUGGGGAUUUGAGAGAGGGGAAGGGGGACGAGCGAAUGAGAGAGAGAAGGAGGCGCUGAGGGCGCAAGGGUACAAGGAGGAGGAUUUCAAGCGAGGAGUGACAGAGAGGGAGAAGGACGCGCUGAGCGCGCAAGGGUACAAGGAGGACGAGGUUAAGGACGAGGGGGAGGAUAGGGGGAAGGACGCGCUGAAGGCGCAAGGGUACAAGGAGGAAGGUUUCAAGGUGAGCGUGUGGGAAUUUGUGCGGGGAGGGGAGGGAAGUAAGAUGGAGGGAGGAGGGGUUGGGGGAGGAGAGGGAGGACGCGCUGAAGGCGCAAGGGUACAAGGAGGAGGAUUACAAGAGGCUGGGAAUUUCCGAGUCAAGAAGUUGCUACAGCAGCACAGAGCGUUGCAGCAGCACAGGGAGGAGAGGGAGGCGAAGAGGUCGUUUGCGGAGGAUGGGAUGAGGGAGAGCAACAAGAAGAUCAUGUACAGUGAUGACAUACGAACAGCAAGGCUGGUGGUGGGUGGGGAUGGACUGGAGAAGCUGAGGCUGGUGGGGAUGGACUGUGAGAUGUGUGAGACGUGGGAUGAUGAAGGACCCAUGGAGCUGACACGAGUCUCUGUCGUGGAUGGCAAGGGCAAGGUGCUGCUGGAUCGGCUGGUGAAGCCACAGCGGGAAGUGAAGUCAUACGUGACUGAGAUUACCGGGUUGAAGGAGGAAGAUUUCAAGGAGGUCAAGUACACGUGGGAGGAUGCACAGCGUGACGUGGCGGCGCUGCUGACGCCCAACACGGUGCUGGUGGGGCACCACGUGUCUGGUGACAUGGACGUUCUCAAGAUAGACCAUCCAUUGGUCAUCGACACAUCGCUGCUCUUCCGCUAUGCAUCAAAGGACCCUAACAUGUCAACUGUGCAACUGCCCCUCGCUCUUGUUGCCCUGCGUAAUAUGGGCUACAAGAUGCGGCAAGGGGACACGUCGCAUCACGACAGUGUGGAAGACUCGCUGAUUCCCAUUCGGCUGGUUCAGAAGGCCCUCAACUCCGACGCACUGCUCCCCACGCCCAUCCAGCCGCUGUCUGCCAUUCCUUCCAAAAGAGGUGUUCGCUUGCCUCACUCAUUUCACUCCACUCCUCCUCACUCCCACUCACUCCAUCUCACUCCUCUUGCCACAGUCGUUUCACUCCACUCCCCCUCACUCCCACUCACUCUAUCUCGCUCCUCUUGCCUCACUGGUUUCACUCCACUCCCCUUCCCUCACUCUCUCUCCCCACUCACUCCAUCUCACUCCUCUUGGCUCACUCCUUUCAUUCCAUUCCCCUUCUCUCCACCCUCUCUCCCCCAACGCACUCCAUCUCACUCCUCUUGGCUCCCUGCUUUCACCCCCUCCCUCUCACCCACUCCCCUCCCUCUCGCCCACUCCCCUCCCUCUCACACGCUCCCCUCCCCUCACCCCCUCCCCUUCCUCACCCCCUCCCUCCCUCUAUCCCUGCUAGCAGCAGGGGAGACGGCUGCUUCACUCGCGUGCACUACCCCUUCCCCUCCUCCACUUCCCACCGUACUCUUUUCCCCUUAUGCAAACCCUUUCUCUUUCUUCUCCCACUGCUCUCCACUUCCCCCCUCUCAUCUCCUCCAGAAACCUCGAUCUAGCAGCAGGGGUGACGGCUGCUUUGCUCGCGUGCACUACCCUUUCCCCUCCUCUGCUCUCGCACUCUUCCACUCCCUUCCAGGGGAGAUUGAAGCGGACCCCUGGGGGCGGUGGAAGAAGAAGGUUCCAGUCCCAGAGCACCUGCAAAAGCACAUCUAUUAUAUCGAAUACCACAGGGACGCAGGCGGUAACAGCGGUAACCCUGUUUACCGGCCUGCGACAGAAGUGGUGGUGGCGUGUGGCGGCGAUGGUAACCGCAUGAUACACGGGGUUGGGGCGAAGAUGCUUAGAGCCAUGGGGGAUCAACUCACCCUUGUGUGUGACGAUGCUGAUGAUGUAUGGGAUGUGCUGGUUGGGAGGGAAGAGAAGGAUGGGGAGGAGGAGGAGGAGGUGAAGCAGCUGGAGGAGCGGCAGGAGGAGAAGGAACUGUGGGUAGAGGAGGGGGAGGUGGAGGAGGGAGAGGAGGAGGAGGAUGAGAUGGAGUAUGAGUUAGAGGAGGGGUUUGCUAGGGAGGAGGGUGGUGUAGGGAUGGGGAAUGGGGUGGGGGUGGGAGUGGAGGAGGAGGAGGGGGAGGAGGAGGAGGAGGAGGAGGAGGAGGAGGAGGAGGAGGAGGAGGAGGAGGAGGAGGAGGAGGAGGAGGAGGAGGAGGAGGAGGAGGAGGAGGAGGAGGAGGAGGAGGAGGAGGAGGAGGAGGAGGAGGAGGAGGAAGUAGAAGAAGGGGAGGAGGAAGAGGAGGAAGAGGAGGAAGAGGAGGAAGAGGAGGAGGAGGAAGAGGAAAAGUCUGAGAAAAUAGCCAUCCACCUGGUUCCUACCUCCGAGCCUCUUCCUUUCCUUUUGAGCAAUCCCCAUUUCCACCUCACCCCCGCUCCCCUUUGGUUCCUUGUCUUGUCAGCCGUCGGAUGCAAGGAUCUGCUGGUCACAGAGAUCUACGGCUGGCAGGACCCAUACGUGGUGCUGCAGUACGGCUCCCAGUGCAAACGCACGGCCACUCACAAAGACGGCCACACCACCCCCCAGUGGAACGAGACUGUCCGCUUGAACUACCAGCCCAACGUGUUUGACCUGGCUGUGGGCGUGUGGGACGAAAACACCCUCACUCAAGACAGCCCCAUCGGUGGCUGCAAGGUGAGCAUCACCCAAGCUCUCGAUGCUGGAUUUACUGACGCAUGGCACCCUCUCUACACAUCGAAACAAGUCAUCAACGCUACACAUGGCAACGCUGCAGCAGAUGUUUCUAGUAGCGACCACGAAGGGAGCGGUCGUGAGAGAGACACAGAACAGAGCAAGGAGCACAGAUCGUCCUCUUCUUCCUCCUCCUCUGGCCGCCCCGCCUCCCUCCCACGCUCCAACCUCUCCAUGCAGCUUGAUGCAAUUGAACGCAUGCUGGCUGUAGCACAGAUCGAACCAGACCCCGCUACAGAUGAGACUGCUACAGAUGGUUCAGGGACUGCUGGUGUUGACCCUGCUGGUGCUGGUGCUGGUGCUGGUGGUUCACUGAGAGGGAUGGGAUUAGAAGUAGCAGGGGGGGAGAAAGCGAAAGACGAAGUGCCGGGGUGGCAGAUUGGGCGCGCCACUUGGGAGCAGGAAUCGGGAGAGGCGGAAGAUGCUUUGCCGGGUGCUAUAGGUGCCCCUUUGAAUACUCUGGACGAAGAGGCGUUAGCUGCUGCCAGGCUGUCUCAGCGGAUCGACGCGAUUUACCGCAUGCUUGCUGAGAAUUGUGAGGAGGGGGAUUCAGGUAGGGCUGGUUCAGGUGAAAUUGAAAAUGCACCUGGGAACAGCAGUGUAGCACCUGGUGGCAGUAGCAACGAAGCACCUGGUUCAGGUGAAUUAGAGAAAGCACUUGAGGGCCUCGAAAUGACAACUGGUGAUGCUGAUAGUGCAUCUGGUGAAACUCCUGGCGACCACAGAGCAGCACCUGAUGGCAACAGAGGCGAACCUGUGGACACAGUUUCCGGAGCCAUGGACAAGGUUCGGUCAGGCGAGGCUGAAGUCUUGGUUCGGAAUGCGAUAGAAGCAGCCAAGGCUCCCUUGGUGAAAGGAGGGGCGGGAAUGAUGGGUGCGCUGGGGGGUAGUAACACUGCACAUGUAGCAACGCAACCCAAUCCGCAACUACACGCCGUGCCUAUGUACCCUCAUGCUCCAUAUCCUACCGCUCCUCCUCCUGCUGCUCUUCCGCCUCAUUUUCUCGCUCCCCCCUCGGCUUAUCAGGCCCACCAGUCAUCCCUGCACCAGCCUGUUCAUGCAGCAACCAGCCAACCCGGUUCCACAGGCCCUACCCGUCCGUCCCAUUACUCUUCCUCCUCUACUUCCUCCUCCGCGUCCCCGCAACAGCCUGUUCAUGCAGCCACCAUCCAAUCCUGUUCCACAGGCCCUACCCGUCCGUCCCAUUACUCCUCCCACUCCUCUACUUCCUCCGCGUCCCCGCAACAGCCUGUUCAUGCAGCCACCAGCCAAUCCUCCCCUCUCAGUACGGUUACCCUCCCCAAGCACCGCAUGGUGCUUAUCCUAACUACCCCCCUCCUCCUAACGCUCCCUAUAAUCCCUAUGCUGCACCUCAAGGCUCUACACCCUAUCCUCCUUAUCAGCAGGGCGGGGCACAGUACCCCGCUCCCUGGGGUUAUCCUGCCCCAGCCCCUGGUGGUUACAGUGGUUCCAGCGAUCGUGCUCGUGGUGGAAACCGCUCGACGUCACCGGUUUCAUUCGAGCGGCAUAGGAGUGGUGGAAGCAGUGGUUCUCACAAGGGGGGAGAGCACAGAUACAAGGACAACCGAUCUCGCUCGCAUAAAGAAGAUCGAAGAAAGGAGGAUUGCUGUCUAUCCCCCCGCUCCUCCUCCCCCUGCUAACCAGCAGAGCUACUCCCCCGCUCCCCCUCCCGCUGCUAACCAACAAGUCUACCCCCCUAUUCCUCCGCGCCCUGCAAACCAGCAGGAGUACUCUCCCGCUGCCCCCCCUCCUCCUUCUAACCAGCAACUCUAUUCCCCCACUCCUCCUCCUUCUAAUCAGCAAGUAUAUUCCCCUGCUCCUCCUCCGCCCCCUGCUAACCAGCAGGACUACUCCCCCGCUCCCCCUCCCCCUGUUACCCAGCAAGUCUACCCCCCCGCUGCUCCUCCGCCCACUGCUAACCAGCAAAACUACUCCCCCGCUGCCCCUCCCCCUGUUACCCAGCAAGUCUACUCCCCCGCUGCUCCUCCGCCCACUGCUAACCAGCAAAACUACUCCCCCGCUCCCCCUCCCCCUGUUACCCAGCAAGUCUACCCCCCCGCUCCUCUCCCUCUUUCUCAAUCAACAGUGCCUGCAGCAAGUGAUUCUUGGGGCUCUGCUGCUCCCUCUGCUGCUCCCUCUGCUGCUGCUGCCACUGCUGCUGCUGCCACUGCUGCUGCUGCCACUGCUGCUGCUGCUCCCCCUGCUGCUUCUGCUCCCCCUGCUGCUGCUGCUCCUGCUGCUGCUGCUCCUCCUGCUGCUGCUGCUGCUCCUGCUGCUGCUGCUCCCCCUGCUGCAGCCGCUCCCCCACUUCCCUCCCCUCCUCCCACCUACCCUUCUCCCUCCCCAUCCGCCACCCCUCCUCCCAGUUACCCUUACAGCUACCCCCCACGAGCCACAGCGGCAGCAGCAGAGUAUUUCCACCAACCAGCACCCAGUGCAGGAGGGCAGCAGCAGCCUGUGCAGGCAGCUGCUAGUGCUGGAGAGUACACAGGGGGUGGUGUAGCAGCUGUUACAGCAGUUGGGGUGGCAAUGGGUGCUCUGGCUAUUGGUGCUGCUGGGAGCGGGGGUGGUGGUGUAGCAGCAGCACCCCUGCCAGCAGCAUCAUCACCGCCAGCCCCUAUCCUCCUCCUCCCUACGGCUAUCCUCCCCCCUCAACCCUCUCCUUACGGAUACCCCGGUUACCCCCCACCUUCUCAAGCUCCCCCCUAUGGGUAUCCUUACGCUCCUCCUCCUGCCCCAUACGGCCAUCCUCCUCCUCCUCCUCCUGCUUCCUAUGCCCCUCCUCCCGCCCAUUAUGUCUAUGGGGCCCCUCCUCCUGGGUAUUAUUCUCAGUACAACCCCCCCCGGCCUGUGGUGGUGGUGCAUCGCCAUGGGCAUCAUGAUUAUUAUGGUAAAGGCAAGGGCUACAAAGGUUUCAAAGAGGGUAGGGGAAAAAAAGGCGAGAGCAGCGGCAAAGGUUCAGCCGGCCCGGCGGUCAUGGCGUCUGGCUGGCUAGACGUCACGGUCGUGGGCUGCAAGGAUCUAGAUGACGUGGAGUUGUACGGGAAGCAGGACCCUUACGUGGUGUUACAGUAUGGUAACCAGCAACAGCGAACCAAGACACAUCAAGACGGCCACAUCACCCCUGUGUGGAACGAGACGUUUCAGCUGCAGCUGAAUGCCGGCGUCAGCACCUUGGAAUGCCAUGUAUGGGACAAGAACAAGCGCAGGGACGUUCUGAUUGGCCACUGCUCUCCCAGCCGAACGCAUCCGCACUUCCUUCUACCAUGCAUUCCCCAACGGCAGCAGCAGCAGCAGCAGGUGCAGCAGCAGCAGCAGCAGCGGCAGCAGCAGGAGCAGCAGCAGAGAGCACCCGUUCCCCUUCCUGACCACUACACCUCAUCACCACGGCAGCAGCCAUCUCAACCCCCCGCCUUUCCUCCGCCCCAAUCACUCUACCCUUCCCCUCCCCAACCCCAGCCAAACCCACCCCUCUAUCCCCCACCGCCACAGCCGAUUUCUGAGGCGGCUCGAUCACCGGACCAGACCAAUCUGUACCCAUCUCCCUACCCUUCUCUGCCGCACAGCCCACGUUCCCAGCCACCCUCCUCCCCGUCCUUCCACACCCAUUCUCCCUCCCUCUCAUCCCACCUUUCCUCCUCGUCAGACUCCCCAUCCUCCUCCUUCCACAGCCAGUACUCUUCCUCAGACCCAGCUUUCUCCUUCGGCCACCAGGUCUCAGCGCCAUCAGCUCAUCUCUACCCACCUUCUCCUCUUGCUCCUUCACCUCUUGGUGCUGGUAGUGCUGGGUCUGCUGGUGCUGCUGGUUCUGGUCCUGCCGCUGGUAGUUCUGCUGCUGGUGGUGGUGGUUAUGGCAACUACCCUGGAAAUGGUGGUGGUGGUGCUGCUCCCCCUCCUUCUGCUGCUUCUUCUACCUACCCCGGUAGUAGGGACUAUCCAAGAGUACACUCCAGUGGGCCCCCAUCUGCCCCCCCUCUCUCUCCCCCUCAAUCUCCAGUCCCCUCCCCACCCCGAUCCCCUCCGCCCACUCACCCCUACAACUACCCCCCUCACCCCACAGCAGCCCCACCCCCUUCCCGGCCUCCCACUCACCCGUACAACAACUAUCCCCCUCAGUCCACAGCAGCAGCAGGGCACACAGGGGGGGGUGCUUAUCCCCCUCCCCCUCCUGCCUCUCAAAACGCGUAUCCGCCUCCUCCCCCCUCCCAGGGCUCCUAUCCCCCCCCUCCUUCCCCUCCUUCUCAGUCAGCUUAUCCUCCCCCUCCCCCACCUUCUCAAUCCGCAUAUCCCCCUCCCCCUCCCUCUCAAUCCGCCUAUCCUCCCCCUCCCUCUCAGGGUGCUUACCCUCCUCCCCCGUACAGUUAUCCUCCUCCUCAAAACCCUCCUUAUGGAUAUUCCGCAUACCCCCCACCUUCUCAAGCUCCCCAAUAUGGCACGCAGCCACGUGUGGUGGUUGUGCACAGACAUGGGCAUCAUGGUUAUUAUGGAAAGCACAAGGGUUACAAAGGUUUCAAGGGUGGAUUCUUCAAGUAG